AAACAUUUGAUCUUGAUACGGAUGUUGGCAGUAGCACAAACGAGGAAACAAAAACAAAGUUUACAGAGGACAACACAUCAAGGAAAGCAACAGAGACAAAGGUCCACAAGGCUGAACUUGACAAUCCCCAAGGAGACAAAGUGGAGAGAGCCAGUGAGGUCAUGACCCAGCCGGGAAUUUUAGCAGGGGUCAUUGGAGGAUCGGUGGUUCUGCUGCUGUGUGUGGUGUUGCUGGUGAUGUUUGUGGUGUAUCGCAUGCGCAAGAAGGACGAGGGCAGCUACCCCUUGGAUGAGCCUCGGAAAACACCAAACUACAACUACGUGAGGGCACCAGAGAAGGAGUUUUAUGCUUAG